AUGAGUUAUAAGAAGAUCUGUCUGCUCCUGCUUGUAAGCCUGAAGAUCUUUUUCUGCGAUGCAGGUUUGUUGGACCCUUGCUGCUCAGACCCCUGUCAGAACCGAGGUGUUUGUGUAUCUAAAGGUGUAGAUGCUUAUGAGUGUGACUGCACCAGAACUGGAUAUUACGGAGAAAACUGCACCACACCGGAAUUUUCCACGUGGAUCGGCUCGGUUCUAAAGCCCAGCCCGAACACAGUGCAUCACCUGCUGACGCAUUACAGAUGGAUGUGGGAUAUUUUAAACAACAUCUCGUUUCUGAGGGAUGCUCUCAUGCGCUACGUCCUUACAUCAAGGUCAAAUCUGGUGGACAGUCCGCCGACGUACAAUGCUGAUUACGGCUACAAAAGUUGGGAGGCGUACUCCAAUACGUCCUACUACACCCGCACCUUGCCCCCGCUGCCCAAACACUGCCCGUCAGCGAGCUCCGCCGCUCUUCCUGAUCCCAAGCACGUGGUGGAGAAAGUCCUGCUGAGACGGAGAUUCAUUCCCGAUCCUCAGGGAACCAGUCUGAUGUUCGCUUUCUUCGCCCAGCACUUCACCCACCAGUUCUUCAAGACCGACUUUAAGAAAGGACCAGGCUUUAUCAAAUCCCCCGGACAUGGGGUGGACCUGAGUCAUAUUUACGGAGUCGAUUUGGAGAGACAGCGCAAACUGAGGCUUUUCAAAGAUGGAAAGCUGAAAUAUCAGGUUCUGGAUGGCGAGGUGUACCCCCCUCUGGUUAAAGACGUCCAGGUGGACAUGCACUACCCCCCUCACGUUCCCGAGCAGUUCCGCUUCGCCGUGGGCCACGAGGCGUUCGGGCUGAUCCCCGGCCUCAUGAUGUACGCCACCAUCUGGCUGAGAGAGCACAACCGGGUGUGCGACGUCCUCAGGCAGGAGCAUCCAGACUGGGACGACGAGCGCCUGUUUCAGACCGCGCGUCUCGUUCUGAUCGGUGAAACCAUCAAGAUCGUGAUCGAGGAUUACGUCCAGCACCUGAGCGGCUACAACCUCAAACUGAAGUUCGACCCCUCGCUCCUGUUCAACCAGAGGUUCCAGUAUCAGAACCGCAUCUCCGCUGAGUUCAACACGCUGUACCACUGGCACCCGCUCAUGCCUGACAUGUUUCAGGUGGAGGAUCAGCUCUACACCCAGUCACAGUUCCUCUUCAACAACUCCAUCGUAGCGCAGCAUGGCAUCAGCAGCCUGGUGGAGAGCUUCAGCAGGCAACAGGCUGGCAGGAUCUCAGGUGGAAGGAACCUGCCGUUCGUGGUUCAGGGAAUGGCCACCAAGGUUCUGGAGCACAGCAGAGAGAUGCGCUAUCAGUCCUUUAACGCGUACAGGAAACGCUUCAACGUGCAGCCCUACGCUUCCUUUGAGGAGCUGACAGGAGAUCAGGAGCUGGCAGCCGACCUGGAGAGCCUGUACGGAGACGUCAACGCUGUAGAGCUCUACACCGGCCUGAUGGUGGAGAAACCGAGACCCGGUUCCAUCUUCGGAGAGACCAUGGUGGAGAUGGGCGCCCCCUAUUCGCUCAAAGGACUCAUGGGAAAUCCCAUCUGCUCCCCCGAGUACUGGAUGCCCAGCACGUUCGGCGGCAGCGUGGGAUUCGACAUCGUCAACACGGCGUCUCUGAAGCAGCUGGUCUGUCUGAACGUGAGAGGGCCGUGCCCGAUGGUGACGUUCAAAGUGCCCGAAGGCGAGGUUCGCAGUUUGUCGAACGCUAACGAGAACUUGAACUCGACCCCCUCGAGAGAGGCCGACAUCAGGCCGACGGUUUUACUGAAGGAACGAGCCUCCGAGCUCUGAGGACGACAAACUGCAGCACUG